CAUCCACACCAUCUUCCAUAAAAUUUUGCAAACUUUACAAACUAAUCACUCGUAAUCAGUCUAAUCAGUUAUCUCAGUGACUUGAUGAUCUGAAGUAUUUAAUACACAUUUUCAUGGCUAAAAAAAUCGAUCUUAGAAAACGAGUUUUGACAAAAAAUUCAAAUAUGGCAGAACCUUUCGUCACAACCGAUUUCAUCAGAAUGCUUUGUGCUAAAAUUGAAAAGUGUCCAGAUUUGAAAGUCUAUCAUCUUGUGUACAUGCAGGACCACUUUAAUGAAAAGCCUACAGUUGGAAAUAGCGAACUGAAAAUUUCCGAACUUUACUUCAAAGUAGAAGUGAUCCUCGGACAACAAGUGUCCUCAGACGAACAACAACGAAAAAAAGAGGCAAAGAGGCCCGUUUGUACGGAAGCGGAGCAAUUAUUAGAUAUUGUGAGUGAUUCUGGAGAAGAUUACACUGAGUUUCCAUUAACUGAUGAUCAAAGAAAACUCUUCUCUGAUGCUCUGAAAUCCGAUCUAUUACACAGAUAUAAUUACGUAGGUGGUCCGUAUUGCACAUUUAAAUCCAUUGAAGAAGUGCGCGAAGAUGCUCGGGAAAUUAUAAAAAUACUUCCAUUAGGAAUGAAAGCAAGAGCUGAAUUGGGCUUCUCAGGGAAACGUGAUUAUUGAUUAAACUGUUGAUCAAUUUGAGUGUGUAACAAGUGUGUUAAGUACAAUGUGAUUCGUCCUCCAUUCCUCCAUUCCUAAUUCCUAUGUACUGUAGUUCAACUAUGGAAUAGUUCACUUACAAAAUGUAUAAAAUAAUAUAAAAUUAAUCCAUGGAAA